UCUCUUGCUUCUUCCACUUUCUCUCUCUAUCUCUAGAAAAUGACUCAUUUGUUCAACAGACAAAGUACAAUGAUAAACCCAACAACAUCCUUAAGCAUGCAUAAAGAUUCACGUGUGAUCUCCAAAACCCAGCAGCCAAAGAUCCGAAUAAUUCAUAUUUUUGCGCCGGAAAUUAUAAAAACCGACGUCGCGAAUUUCCGGGAGCUUGUUCAACGGUUAACCGGAAAUUCUUCAUCGGAGAAAGACGCCGGAAGGAAGCGGAGAAUCAAGGGGAAGGGUAAAAUGGUCAAAGAGACGACGGAGAUGAUGGCGGCGGAUGAUGGUUGUAGGGCUGGGAUUGGGUGUGAUAAGCUUAUGGUGAACCCUAAGUUGGAAUGUAUGAUGGGGAGUGGAUCAUAUUCAUCACCAUCAUCAUCAUCUGAUCAUCAUCAACAACAUGAUGGAGGAUGGAGAUCAACGGCUGGUGAUCAUAAUAUAUCAUCUGGUGGGUUUCUUAAUGGGUUUAAUGAUUUAGAUAAUUAUAGUUUUGACUUUAAUAGUAUGUUUCAUAAUUUGGGGAAUAAUGAUGGAUCUACUCAACCUUUAUUUUCAGGGUAA